CCGGGUUGUGCUCCGGACUGCAGUGCAGUUAACAGAGCUGCGCCUCGCCGUCAAAUUUCAAAUUAGCGGAUAAAUCACAUUGCUUCCCUAGUGCUAGUCAUUUUGGUUUGAUAUAAGAAGGAGAAGGGAGGAAAGAGGAGGUAAGAAGGUAAGAAGGUGCUCUCUAAUGGGUCCCGCGCCCGACUUCCGGUGGCCCCCAAACUCGUAAUCCAGAACCGAAAGACUUGUCCAGGCUUCUGCAAUUGCAUCUUCGCUGUUUAACAACGGCUGUGCUGACCGAAGUGGACUUAUUCUUGAGCUUCUCUUAAGACUCGGAGAAGUUAAAAAGAACUCCCUGGAACUAUCAAGAAGGAAAAUGUCUGUGACAUUACAUACAGAUGUAGGUGAUAUUAAAAUAGAAGUGUUCUGUGAGAGGACUCCCAAAACGUGUGAGAAUUUCUUGGCUCUUUGUGCCAGUAAUUACUACAAUGGCUGUAUAUUUCACAGAAACAUCAAGGGUUUCAUGGUUCAAACAGGAGAUCCAACAGGUACUGGAAGAGGAGGUAACAGCAUUUGGGGCAAGAAGUUUGAAGAUGAAUACAGUGAAUAUCUUAAGCACAACGUUAGAGGUGUUGUGUCUAUGGCCAAUAAUGGUCCAAAUACCAAUGGAUCUCAGUUCUUCAUCACCUAUGGCAAGCAGCCACAUUUGGACAUGAAGUACACAGUAUUUGGGAAGGUGAUAGAUGGUCUGGAGACUCUAGAUGAAUUGGAGAAGUUACCAGUAAAUGAGAAGACAUAUCGACCUCUGAAUGAUGUACACAUUAAGGACAUAACUAUUCAUGCCAACCCAUUUGCUCAGUAGCUAUGUUAAGCCUGGACAAAUACAUGACACCCUGUUUGUUGGAACACACCCACUGCGGUUUACCCAGCUUUAAUUAUGUCGGAGAUUGCAUCAUCCUCCCUUCUGCUUGUUUACAACAAGGUCUUCUAUGAGCUGGUGAUGCCAAGGAGAGCCGAGUGCCUUUAACCCCCAUUCCUACAGCAUGUUGUUUACUACAACUUCUAGCCAAUGUAUUUCUUUCAUAUAAAAAGCCUGUUUGAUGGUUGUUGCCUAUAAAUACUCAUUUUUAAAUGCUGACCCUCAGUUAAGUACAGGCAUUUCUGUCUUAGAAGUAAUAUUUUCUAUUAUGGAGUUAAAUUGACGGACAGGGUAAAGGGAUGCUCUAGAAAGGCAGUUUUCUGGUCUUUGGACUUAGUAAAAGCUCUAAGAAGUCCUUAGUGUACUCUAAACAAUAUCUCACAUGUGGUUUACUCAUGGAACUUUUUUAAAGUGUAUCUUUUGGGACUGGCAUUGUGGAGCAGCGGGUUUUGAUGCUGGUAUCCUAUAUGGGCUGCACUACUUCCAAUUCAGCUCCCUGCUAUUUCGCCUAAGGGAGCAGCAGAGGAUAGUCCUAGCACUGGGACCCUGCACCCACGUGGGAGACAAGGAGGGAAGCUCCUGGUUCCGGGCUUUGGCCUGCCCCAGCCCUGGCAGUCUUGGCCAGUGAAUCAGCAGAUGGAAGAUCUGUGUGUCCCCCUCUCUCUGUAACUCUGCCUUUCAAAUAAACACUCUUUAAAAUUUUUUUUAGAAAAAAAAAAAAGCAUAUUUUGGAGCACUACAGAUUCAUUUGAAUAUGCAGUAAGCUUGGUAAAAGCAGUUGUGGAGCCCUGGUGUGUGCUCAAUCACAGCCGUGUCUCCGCAGUGUGAUUUUAGGCAGGAUAACAGCUCUGUUUUCUCAUCCAUAAAUACUUCCUCCGAAGCCUAUGUGAGGAUUAAUUGAAAUAGUAUGUGUAAAACUUCUGGCAUGCAGUUAAGUAAAUA